CUCUCUCUGUCUCUCUCUCUCUCUCUCCCUGACCCAUGGAGAAGGAACUACCGUCUCCCAAGACUGACCCGUGCCACACAGCCACUGGACACUCGGCAGCCCCCUGAGCACCUGAACGGUACAUGUGCUGCUGUUCUGAGUAGAUUAUCUGCUCCAAUACAGACAUGCUCCUUCAUUUCCGGGUUUGAUCAACCCAAAGAGCGGGGAGCGAAGCGAGGCGAUAGGAGACGGCGUGGUACCGGUCCGGUACGGGAGAGCUGCGAUUCAUCAUUAACAAUAUACAUAUAUAUAUAUAUCUAUCACCCCGGUCAUGGAAAACGAAAUCACACAGACAAGCAGUCAGACCCAGACCGGCUCGCUGACCCCCCCAAAUGGCAUGUCCCCUAGUCCCGGGAACCACGGGAACCCCCCCAGCGCCCCCCGCUACGGCACUGUCAUCCCCAACCGCAUCUUCGUGGGGGGCAUCGACUUCAAAACCAAUGAAAACGACCUGCGCAAGUUCUUCUCUCACUACGGGGUAGUGAAGGAGGUGAAGAUAGUCAACGACAGGGCCGGAGUCUCCAAAGGGUACGGAUUUGUGACGUUUGAGACACAGGAGGAUGCGCAGAAUAUACUGCAGGAGGCUGAUAAGCUCUUCUUCAGAGAUAAAAAGCUGAAUGUCGGCCGGGCCAUCCGCAAACAGCAAGUGGGGAUCCCCUAUACUGGAUUUCCUUUCUCAGGCUCAAGCCCCAGUGUGACCCCUCCUGCCCCGGCCACCAUGUACUUCACCACCUCCACAGGGUACCCCUACACCUACCACAACGGAGUGGCAUACUUCCACGCCCCUGAAAUCACCUCUGUGCCACAGCACUGGCCUCCCCGCUCCAUCUCCAGCUCCCCAGUCAUGGUCACACACCAGGCUCAGCCAGUAUUACAGCAGCCAGCUUGUCAUUACCAGGCUCCUUCCCAGUGUCUUCCAGGUCAGUGGCAGUGGAGUCUACCGCAGUCCCCAGCCCUGGCCGUGCCUGUUCUCUACAUGCAGGCCUCUGAUAUCCUGUACCAGACCCAGGAGCUGCCGCAGGAAGGUGGCUGUGCCCCUUCCACCCUGCCCAUGCUAGAGGCCACAGUUCCAGAGGCGUUCCCGGAGCACGGGGUGCAGCCAGCGUACCACCAGGUGUUCACACAGAGCCCCGUCUACAUGCCACAACCACCCGUCCUGCAGCAGGAACCAGUGAAGGAUCAAAGGCUGCACGCUAUGCACAGGGGGUUCUCACAGUCUCCCAUGGGGCUGAAGCCCCGCUACGCCCGCAGCUCACACUACCACAGCCGCAAGGACUACCGGCCCGAGGAGUCCAUCCUGUCCCCCCCCAGCCAGCACUGACUCUCUCAACUAGAGCAGGAGGAAGGAGGAACCAGGGCCUCCAAGCUGCUCCUUCACCACACAUACACUGGGGUUCCACUGGUCAGGGGGUCCGUUAGGGGGCUCAGACACUGCAGGGAAGAUGAUACAGAAAGGCAGGUGUGGGUAUCAAUCUCGUCACUCUGUUUUGUUAAAGGCUGACGGGAUUAACUCAGUAAGCGUGAGUGACAGAGGCAUGGUCUUUAAUAACCAGCUUAAAGCGGCCUGUGCCGGUCACUGAUCACUCCCUUUGGUUGUUAAGUCAUGUUUCAUUGUUUCCAAGAAAAUGUGCUAGAAACCAACAACAAAAUUUGUGCUGAUGAAACUUUAUUAAAAUCAUCAAAACAGUAUUCUGUUAAAGGCAUGUUAGGUGCACUGUACAACUAGAAUACGCUCCAAAUUCAGAGCACUGCAAUAACCACAGUUUAGCCUGUUUGACUGUACUGAUUGUACUGGUUUCUUUGUACUCAUUUACUGCAGUUUUUCUGCAAUUCUUCUGGGAAGGUUAAAAUAUGAUACUGGAUCUUUAAUAGUACAAAUCAGGUUAAAAUGUUUUUUUUUUUUUUAAUUAAAAAAUACAUACAUAGAAACCUGGUAGACUGGAUUGGUUUAGAAAACAGUUCUUCAGAGUACAACAGAAUUCUGAGAGCAGUUUUGGAGACUUUUUCCCAGAUUUGUUUCCUACACUGCCUGUGAAUACAACUCUCCUACCUAGCCCCCUGGUACCAGUGAGCCCCAGUAAUCCCUGUGUGCUCUGAGCUGCAAUCGGGACCCAAGGAGAGGGUCCAUCUCCACGACCUGCCUCGUAAUCUACUGAGCCUGCAAGAAUUCUAUCUUCUGUUCCCUUGUUUACACUGCCUGGUGGUGAAGGCUGGUGCAGACACUACUUUUUACAACAUUGCAUGUGUUUUACUAAACCAAUAUGGAUUUCCAUCUGCAGGGUAGUGUGCCAACAGGGCAUAACCAAAUUGCAAGAAUACUCCUUUCUUAGCAAUAGAUUCGCCUUUUGAUUUGUAACUUAUACCUUUAUGUGAAAACAGAAUCUUUCAGUAAAAGCACAGCAUUACAGAGUGCAGUGCUGUCAAGCUCCUUACAACACAGUCGUGGUUGCACACUACCCUCUAAGCGUUCUGGUGACUUCAGCCUUUAUUGCAUCAGCUGAUUCGUUUGUUAUUAAUUAACAAGAGCACAAACAAGCAUUGAUUGGCUGCCUUGAAAGCCAGGUAGUUAAAAAAAGAUUCCAACUGUACAGAAUUACAUCCAUUAAAAGUCCUUUCAGAGCUCCUUACUUUUUAAGAAAGGGGACGACCCCUCUUCAACGUUGAGGCUGCACCUCUCUUGUCAUGUGGAGUGGGACAGACACCUCUCCACAAACACCACUUCUUCUAAUCUGUAAUUUAUACAGAAUAAAAUGUUUCAUAUUUCUUUUUAUUCACAGAUUUUAAACCCUAAAUUUAAAAAUAUAUAUAUUCAAAGAUUUGUAAAAUAAUAGAAAUAUGCAUAUCAGGAGUAAGUAAAAUGAAGCAAAUAUCUAUUUCACAUCAAAGGAUUAAAUCCAGUCCUUACCCAGAUGAGAUAUGUUUCCUGACUUUCAGAAACUUCUUAGUGCCAUCAAAGUGUGUUUUUCAGUGUUUGAAAAGUAUGUCAAAUAGACUUCAGAGGAUUUUCUAGUUUUCAAAAACACGAUGAACACUAAUGAGACACUAGCCAAAACAUUUGUCUGCUUGACUUAUUUUUUAUUUUCAAAAACUUGAAAAAUGUCAUUUUAGAUUUCAGUGAUCUUUGCUCUUUAUGAAAUUGAUAGUGUAUAAUGGAAUACAAACCACCAGAACAGGAAAUCUUAAUUUUAAAAAAAGAUAGAUGUAUGAGUAAAGUCUUUAACAGAUUCUUUUUUUUCUUGAUAAAAUAACUGCUUUUUGCAUUUGUACGGCUUCGUUACUGCUAAACUGAAACGUUUAAAAAGUGUGAGGUGUGGGAUUCUCAGCUGAGGGCAUUUAGGGUUUAGUUUAGAUAUUUCUUGUUUUAUUUGUUUUGGACUUCAUUAUAUGACCUGGUAUGGGCAGAGUCAGAACAAUAUGGGUUGUCUUUAAAAUUAUUCUAUAGUACAUUUGUGACAGACAAGGAGUACCGGAGGUUUUGACUAGUACUAUACUGUGCUGUAUUUUUGAUAUAUUCACAUUUCCCAGUAAGGGAAAUUGGACAAAGCAAAACUUAUUUUGUGAUAUUUUUAUACUGUUCAGUAUGCCAAUCCACUGCCUCCCACUGAGCUACUGCAGGCACCAGUCAUAUAAUAAUAUGUUUAAAGUGAGGAAUUAUGUUUUUCACAGUGUGCUUCACACAGCCCUGAGCCCAAGAAAUACUACCAGCUAUCAAGGCCAUGUUACCUUUAUAGAUUUUAUGCAUUCUGUCGAGAAACGCAUCUUUCAACAAUCUUGUACUUGUUUUUAUUUGACAUGUUUCAUUUUAUUUUAUUUUAUUUGAGAAUUGGAUCAUUUUAUUUUCUAGUUCAUUUGAUUUGAGAAUUGGAUCAUUUUAUUUUCUAGUUCAUUUGAGAGUAUAGAACAUGAGCUGCAGAAAACAACCUGAGCAACUCGUUUUGUUUUUUACGAUUGAGAUGUGAAGGAUUGCUGGUAUUUGGUGAACGGUUGUUUUGUAUUUCAUGUGAUGUCGGGUUUCAUAGCAGUAAGUAAAUAGUUUUCAGUAACUUUAGUCUAAGGCAGUCUCUUCCGUAAGUAUUAUUGCUACAUUACAGUAAGUUAUUUCUAUAGCUCUGCAUGGGCACAGUGCCUCCUCAAGACAGAGUUUACAUGCAGGCUUUGUAUCUGCAUCCACUUUGGGGACAGGGUUCCUUGAAAUGAGUACAAAUGCAUGCUGCAUAACAAACUGUUUAAAACUUAACACAAAAAAAAACUAGAAGUCAUAUUCACAAUGCAUUUAUCCGAGUUCUAAGCCUAGACCAUUUAUUGUACAAGGACGAACAAACUGCUGAAUCUAGCAAGAAACGCUGCAUGUUAUAGCUCCUAAAUGAGUGUACUUAUGUGACGCUCUGUAAAUCCAGCACUGGGGUGAAUGCUGUUUGAAAGCAGCCCCUUUAUUUGAAGAAUAUAUAUAUAUAUAUAUAUAUAUAUAUAUAUAUA